CCAUCCUUGCUAGCAGCAUUUGGGUUUUUACCCACAGCAAAGAUGCUAAAUCCUUUUUCCAUCAGAGGGUCUUUUGGGGGGUCUCCCUAGUAUCUCUGUUCAUGAGUUAGUAGCACUGUGUGGGUCAAAGCUGUUUCCAGCAUUGGGCACUGUAGUGCAUCGCCCGUUUAUGGGGCUUUGGAUUGGAUUUGUUGUCCCAUGGCCAUGGGUAACAUGGCAGGCACUACACUAACACUGUAGUAUAGGGUCACCUUCUUUUGUUUUGUUUUUGCUUUUUCCUUCUUUCCUUUCCCUGUAUGGAGUUAUGGCCAUGCUUUGCUGCUCCAUGCUCCUCAGAGUGGGGGCUCAGUUCAUUCUCCACAGUCCACAGCGAGUGAGUGAGUGAGCUCAGUGAGGUUUGGUGUUGGUGGGUAGAGGUUCACUCUGCUCACACCAUCGCACUCCAAUGGCAGCUUCGCUAGCAGCAGCGGAGCUGUCAACCCCUCCCUCCUCUGCGGAGGAAACAAAGAUGGGGGUCAUGUCUCCGACGAAGCUGAGGAUGAAGCUGCUGGGGAUGGGAUCCCAUCCCCACGGAGCCGCCAACAAGGACGAGGCGGCCAGCAAGUCGCCGUCCAGGCUCCACGCCGACGACCACCCCAAGAACAGCCUCCUGCCGCCCCAGGAGCUCGACGAGGGCUCCUCGGAGUACCCCAAGGACCGCUCGGAUUCCUCUUCCCGGUCGCGCUCCAGCGGGAGCCACGGCAGGUCUGCUGCUCACUCCGGCAAUGGCGGCAGCUUCGAGUUCCACAUGGAGGAGAGGGCGGCGGUGGCCGGGCUCGGCCCCUUCUUCAGGCAGGUGCCGUCCAAGUGGAACGACGCGGAGAAGUGGAUCGCCGGGAGGCACGUCGUGCACUCCAACCCCAUCUUCUCCAAGAAGGCCGCCGCCGCGCACGGCCACAGCGGCGUCGGCGGAGGCUGCGUGCGCGUCGCGCCGGAGUCUGCGCCGCCGCCGCCGGACGCGAAGAAGGUGAGCGGCGGCAGCGCGCUGACAGAGCUGCCGCGGUCGCCUUCGCCGUCGUCGUCGCUGUCGUCGGUGACCGGGCCGGCGAGCAAGCAGCGUCGCGACACGAAGCUCCGCACCCAGGUGAGCGCUCCGGCGGCGGCGCAGUCGUCGUCGGUGUCGAUGAGGGACGUCGGCACGGAGAUGACCCCGAUCGCCAGCCAGGAGCAGUCGAGGAGCGGCACCCCGGCCGGCGCCGCCACGCCGUCCCUCAGCCCGCUCUGCUCGGUGCCGGCCUCGCCGUCCGCGUCGGAGCGGGAGCUGCAGAUCAGGACGCGCCGGGAGAUCGCCGCGCUCGGGCUGCAGCUGGGCAAAAUGAGCAUCGCCUCGUGGGCGAGCAAGGAGGAUCGCAUACGCACCUCGCCGGAGAAGAGCGCCGGCGAAGAAGACGAAGCCAAGAAGGAGGAGUUCGAAGCUCGAGCCGCGGCAUGGGCAGAGUCAAAGAAGUGCAAAUUUGCAUCAAGAUAUCAGAGGAAGGAGGUGAAGAUUCAGGAGUGGGAGAACUGCCAGAAAUCCAAAUUCGAAGCCAAGAUGAGGCAUGCAGAGGUGCAGGCCGAUCAAAUGAAGGCGCGGGCGAAGAACAGCCUGACCAAGAGGCUGUCCACAUUGAGCCACAAGGUGGAGGGGAAGCAGGCGAGGGUCGAGGCGAGGCGGAACCGGCGGGCGGUCCGGUUGGCCCGGCAGGUGGAGCGCAUCCGGAAGACCGGCCGCGUGCCGUCCCGGUUCCGGUGCUGCAGCUGGUUCCUCUGCUGAAAACCAAACAAAAUUCAGAUUGCCUCUGAAAUGCAACCUGACUGAAGAAGUCUGAAGAUGUACAUGAAAUUAUUUGAAUCAAUUUGCCUAGGUGUUGCUUUGCUCUGUAGUCUGUACAAUCUGAAUUGCUGUGACCUGAGCUACAGUGGCAUGUUGCCAUUGAAAACAUGAGCUAAUGCUAAUGGCCUGCUGACUAA